GACAACCAUUUUAAAUUAGGUAUAUUUAUUUUGUUAUCUGCAAUUAUCGGCAUUGUUUAUAUUACAUAUGUUUGAUAAUAUUUUCCUUAUAAUUAGUAUUAGUAGCAGUACUCUGCAUGAAUAUAUAAAUAUGUAUGUAUAUUGUAUACGUUUAGUUCGCGUCUUACAUUCAACAUAUCAACGUUACCUGUACUAAGAGCAUUAUUGUGACAUGGAUAAAAAGAUGUUGCUAUUUAUUAUUGUGAUUUUUAUUGCAGCAAGUGUGCAUAUGUCUGACAGCGCUGCUGUUGAAAAAGGUCUUGAAUACAUAGACCCCAAUGACAAUAUCCCCGAGUCCUGUAGGAACCAGACAUUUUGUACAAUCAAAACGGAAGACUACCCGGAGGAACCAUUAACUAAGCAUUUUGAAAAUCACAAAAUGAUACUGCAACGAGAAAUACAUACGAGAAAAAGAAGAUUUGGUGACGAAGAUGGCUUUGAAUGCCAAUAUGAAACAAGCUUCGAGCCUCUGUUCAAAGUUAAGAAUAGAGACGGGCAGUGGCGCACGGUGAUACAAUCAGCUGACAGGAUACAAAGAUUUCGCCUCAACAUUUGCAGUAAUCCCGGAGAAUCCUGUACCAAUGGCAUAGAAGAGACAGGAAUAAUGGGAUUCGUUAGCAUUUGCAAACAGCUGUACACUCUAAUGGAAAUUACAGUGUUGAAAGAUAAUAACGAGACGGAGAAUAUCUAUGCGCAGUUGCCCACCGCUUGUACAUGUGCUUUGAAAAAAACUAACAUAGAGUAACCCAGGCUUUUGUUAUUUGACAAAUCAUAUAAGUGAAACAUAAAAAUAAAAUUAAUAGUAGAAUGUUUUGUAUUUGUAUAAAUAAACGUUGCGGGAAUUCGCUUGUCUAAAUAUUACAAAUAAUUAAAGUGUAUUUAUAGGUGAGGCAAUAGAAAAUGAGAAAAUUCUCUGGUAUGCAGGUUUCCUCACAAUGUUUUCCUUCACCGUUUGAGACACGUGAUAUUUAAUUUCUUAAAAUGCACACAACUGAAAAGUUGGAGGUGCAUGCCCCGGACCGGAUUCGAACCCACAGAACGAACUAGUCUUUAAAACGGCUGAAUCUCCACGGUAUCAACGGAAUUUGAGAAAAAGUGAAUUUCUCGUGGACGAACUCGCGGGCGUCCGCUAGUUUAUUUAUAAAUAGAUAGCGAGUGUCAAACAGGUUGUCAGUGAUAGCAUUUCGCGCUUUCUCUCAAACCUGCCGCGCCUAGGCAACUAGUCUAGCUGGUCGAGAUUUUAACAAAGAGACAUCCUAACCGAUUUCCAAAAAGGAGGUACCUACGCAAGUACGCAAUCCCGUUUAAAAAAAAAGUAUUUUUUUUGUUGAGAGAUGUCAUAGCGGUGGAUAUGACCUCUGCCUUCGAUUCGGAGGGCGUGGGUUCGAAUCCGGUCCGAGGCAUGCUACUCCAACUAUUCAGAUAUUAUGUGCAUUUUAAUGGUGUAAGAAAAACAACACGAGGGAACCUGCUCAACUGAGAAUUUUGUUAAUUCUCUACGUGUGUGAAGUCUGCUAAUCCGCAUUGGUAAACUAUUGGUAAGCCCUCUCAUUCUGAGAGGAGACUCGUGCUCAAUAGUAUGUCGAAAAUGGGUUGCUAAUGAUGAUGAUUACCUGUAUUAGCGUGGUGGGUCUAAGCUCCAUAUCCCCUCCACCUCCAU